CACAUAGUCUGUGGUAUCACUCGCACCAUCUAGGCCAGGAACGAUGAGCACAUUCCUUACCCAUCGAACGUCAUGGAAGAUUGGGGCCGUCGCGGCUUUGACUUUGGCGUAUUUAUAUCGUGCAGGUUUCACGUUCUCCAGCACGAUCUUCCCUUUCCAAACUACCACGCACGACGCCCCCCACGUAGCUGAUAUGUCCACUCAGAAAGCUCUGUACCUCCUCGAGCCGAAAGGCAAGUUUGCCGUACAAGAGCGCGAUAUCCAGGAGCCUGGUCCUGGCGAGGUCCUCGUCGAGAUUCACGCCACCGCGCUCAACCCGGUUGACUGGAAGAUUCAAGCGUUCGACUUCGCCAUCAAGGACUACCCCGCCAUUGUCGGCACGGACUCCGCGGGCAUUGUCAAGAAGGUCGGUGCGGGGGUGACCAACGUCGCGGUUGGCGACAAGGUACUCCACCAGGGAUUCUUUGACAAUCGCCGCGCUACGUUCCAGCAACACACCGUCGUGCCCGCAGAAAUUGUCGCCAAGAUCCCACCCAACCUCAAUUUCGAUCAAGCUUCGACCAUCCCGCUUACACUCGCCACCGCCGCUGUUGGCCUGUACAAUGACAAGAAAGGGGGCGGCAUCGACCUCGACGCUCCUUGGGAGGAGGGCGGCAGCAACAAAUACGCAGGCGAGCCCAUCCUUGUCAUCGGUGGUUCUUCUGCUGUCGGACAGCACGUAAUUCAGUUUGCGAAGAUAUCUGGCUUCUCGCCUAUCAUUACGACGGCUUCGAAGCAGAACGAAGCGUACCUCAAGUCGCUCGGCGCGACGCACGUCAUCGACCGCAAUGCGCCGCUGGCGGAUCUUUCUGCCUCAGUCAAAGCGAUCACGGACAAGCCAGUCAAGGUUGCGUACGACGCGAUCUCGUUUGCCGAUACGCAGAACGCCGCAUACGACGUCCUCGCGUCCGGCGGCAAGUUCGUAGUCGUACUCAACGAAGCAAUCGAGAAGGACAAGAUCACGUCUGACAAGGAGGUUGUGCAUGUGUAUGGCAACGUCCAUAUGCCCGUGAACCGCGAGAUUGGGAAGAGCCUGUAUGCCAAGCUGACGAGCUUGCUCGAGGCUGGCGACAUCAAGCCGAACAACGUCGAAGUUCUCCCUAAUGGACUUGCAGGAAUUCCUGAAGGAUUGGAGAAGCUAAGGAAAGGUGUAAGCGCGCUGAAGCUGGUCGCUCGGCCCCAAGAGACUGCUUGAGGCGCAACUCGGAGCCGGAGAAUAAUAUUAACCAAGGUGUAUUAGUACUGUUUGCAUUUAAUUGCAAUGUGGCGUUGAUAACAAUAAAAUUGUAAA